GGCCACCUCCUGCCUAGGUCCCAGCGCUCCCGGCGGGGGUGCGGUCGUGCAAUAGGAAGCGGAACGCUUUGCAAGCUUUCCGUCUGACACCCGCUACCCGGGCCGCUCACUCUGCUUGGUGCAUUCCCUGGACACCUUUGGGGUCCCCACCUGAGGUGCUCGGAGCCCCUUUCCUCCACCAACCAUGCCUCUAAGCCGCACUUUGUCCAUGUCCUCACUGCCAGGACUGGAGGAUUGGGAGGAUGAGUUCGACCUGGAGAACACAGUGCUCUUCGAAGUGGCCUGGGAGGUGGCCAACAAGGUGGGUGGCAUCUACACGGUGCUGCAGACAAAGGCGAAGGUGACAGGAGAUGAGUGGGGUGACAACUACUACCUGGUGGGACCGUACACGGAGCAGGGUGUGAGGACCCAAGUGGAGCUGCUCGAGCCCCCGACCCCCGCCCUGAAGAGGACACUGGACUCCAUGAACAGCAAAGGCUGCAAGGUGUAUUUUGGGCGCUGGCUGAUCGAGGGGGGCCCCCUGGUGGUGCUCCUGGAUGUGGGUGCCUCAGCAUGGGCCCUGGAGCGCUGGAAAGGAGAGCUUUGGGAUACCUGCAACAUUGGGGUGCCCUGGUACGACCGUGAGGCCAAUGAUGCUGUCCUGUUUGGCUUCCUCACCACCUGGUUCCUGGGAGAGUUCUUGGCCCAGAGUGAGGACAAGCCACAUGUGGUUGCCCACUUCCAUGAGUGGUUGGCAGGCAUCGGGCUCUGUCUUUCUCGUGCUCGGCGCCUGCCUGUGGCAACCAUCUUUACCACACAUGCCACAUUGCUGGGGCGUUACCUGUGUGCUGGCGCCGUGGACUUCUACAACAACCUGGACAAUGUGAGUGGGGUGCGGGACAUGGUAGGGGACCGUGCACACAAUAGGAAAAUCUGAAGCUCUGGCCCAGAUCUUCUCUCUCAGAGUGGUCCAGACCC